GGCCCGGCACGAACUGCCAGAGGGAGGGAGUAUAAAUCGCCAGUCAAACUCCCCAGGAUCCUGUCCUUCUGCCACUACGGUCCCUUCAGUUUCCUGCAUAUUCCAGUCCUCGCCAUGCCUGUUCCUAUCCAAAUCAUUCAUAUCCACUAUCGUGGGAAGUUUCUCAACCUCCUCGACUCGGACAAUCAGACGCCUCUCUACCGCGUCAAAGUCGGUUCACACUUGCCGCAGAUGGAGCUGUUCCGCGUCGAGCAUGGCCAUCUACCCUCUGGGCCUCGGGCAGUCCCGUUCCCUACGCCGUCCGCUCUCCCGAUUUGCACUGCUGCCUUCAAGGCCGUCAGCCUGCAAGUGAAGCUCAAGGUGCGCGGCCAAGAGGUCCGGCUUGAGCGCGAGAGCCUUCUCACCAGAACCUACAACUUCCACAGCCCCGCGGCCAACGUUGAUUUGACCUGGACGGCCGACGGAGUCCUGACCGGCGACUACCAGCUGAGCGUCGCUCACGGUGGCGUCAUUGCGCGUUUUCGCAAUCGGCUGUUUUCCAACCAGGAGGUUGGUACCUUUGAAUUGGUGGGCGAUAUCGAGGACAGGUUUCGGGAUGAGAUUGUCAUCAGCGGGCUGGCGAUGCUGGCGAUGGUCCAGAGCUUGAACCUUGCUGGCAUGGUCUUGGUCGGAGGGAGCAUUAAUUGA